AUGAUUGAUAACUUCUUUAGUACAGGUGGCACCACAAAAAAACAAUCAUCAAGUAACAAGCCUGCGAACAAGAAGAACAUACCAGAGACAAAAGCAUGGCUACCAAAAUUACGACCAGCUACAUCUGAUUUUGAUUUUGCAUUAGACGCAACACAACACACAGAUAAACCUCCAAAUAAAGGUGAAAUACCAGUACCUUCGCCAAAACCAGGCUCCUUAACAGGCAUUAGAAUUUGCGCUUCAGGAACAUUACCUCAUUUUACUCGUGCUGAGGUCAGAGAUUUAAUUACAGCAUGUGGGGGCACUUUACAAGCAGCAAUAAAGGAUAAUGUCGAUAUAUUCCUUCGAGGCUGCCUUAAUGUUUCUCAAGACAAAUUAAAUUCCGCUUUAAAGAAAGGCAUCUCAGUGAUUGACGAAGAAGGCCUUUUAGCUAUGCUUGCUGCAGUGGGAUGUACGAAUAUCGAAGGAUUUGAAGCAGAAAAAGACCAAAAACAUACCGAGGAAGUUCCUCAGUCAAAGUCAAAGGGACAACAAGAAGAGGUAAUUAAAGAAGUUGAAGGAAAGAGAGUACAAAAGCCAGAAGUUAAACAACCAAAGCAGCAAACGUUAGCAUUUGGUGGAAUUAAUUUCAAUGAUAAGAAAGAAAGUUCAGCUACAAACCUGAUUAGCGAAAAAUAUCGUCCACAGAAUCGUAAUGACCUCAUUGGUAACAAAGAUCUUAUAGAAAAAAUUGACAAUUGGUUAAUUACAUUUUCAAAGCAAGACAAGAAAGCUGUUUUAAUAAGUGGCCCUCCAGGUAUCGGUAAAACAUCAACAGCUCUACUCCUUGCAAAGUCAAGAGGCUACCAUGUUGUUGAAUACAAUGCAAGUGAUGUUAGAAACAAAGCUGCAAUUGAAGAUAUUGCAAAAACAUUGUUUAAUGGCAAAACUCUAUAUUCUUUUACUCAGCAGAAUACUAAUAACAAACAACACGCAAUUAUAUUUGAUGAAAUUGAUGGAAUGUCAACAGGAGAUCGCGGAGGAGUUCAAGCUUUGGCUCAGUUCAUUGAGAAGUCAACAUUUCCAAUUUUUUGCAUAUGUAAUGAUCGCCAAUCAGAGAAACUCAAGCCAAUAUUGAAAUAUGUUUUAGACAUACAGUUUUCUGCACCAGAUAAGAAAGAGAUGAUCCAAAGAGUCUUUGAAAUAUCCAAGCAGGAAGGCAUCAAAAUUGAUAGAAAGAAUUUAUUUGCUGCAAUUGAUAAAUCAGGUGGUGACAUGAGAUCUGCCUUAAAUGCAUUGCAGUUAUGGUCAUCAAAUUGUGGAAAUGCACAUGAGAAAACAGCAGAUGAAUACGCAACAAUGGAUGGUUUCGAAGCAGCCAAGAAAUUAUGCACAGAAAAAGAUUUCGAGAAAAGAAUUUCUUUAUUCAUGGUUGAUUAUUAUAAAUGCCCUGAUUUUAUUCAUGAUGUAUUGACAUUUAAUGGAAACAUGAAACAAUACGCAGAUGCUUUAGAUUCAAUGAGUGAUGGUGACACUGUUCAAACGAUUCUCAACCAAGACCAGAACUACGAUUUAUUGAUUCCUAUGGGAAUUAUUGGUUGCGUUACUCCCCCUGCAGUUGCACCUGUAAAAGUAACAUCAAAUAUGAGAUUCCCAGAGUGCUAUUUGAGAGCAUCAAAGAUGAACAAGAAUAACAGGUUAAUGCAGGAAUUUACUACAAGAUCUGCACGAGUUUUGCAGUCCACUCCUUCUACAAUGAGAGAAAGCACUGCAGAUAUUCUUUCUGCAAAAAUGCAAAAUUAUAUUCAAGAUCAGAAUACUCAGGAACUCAAGAAUCUUUUAGAGUUACUUGAAAUUACUCCAGAAGAUGCUGAGAAUUUGAAGAGUAUAGUUAGUUUCCAGUCAAAAGAAAAGGGUAAAUCUGCAUCACAGGAUGACAAAGCUUCGCAAAAGUUUGUUACAACUUUCCAGAAGAAAUUCUCAAAAACCCACUCAAAAACAUCACUUUCUGCGGCUUCUUCACAAGAUGAAAGAGCAUCUUACUUCAUUUCAUCUCAAGAAAUGCCAAAAGGAAAAGGAAAAGGCCGCGGUAAGAAGAAGAAAUAA